AGACGUGAUCCUAGACAGAUGAGCAGUUGCUGUCACUGUAGGUGGUCUGAGCUUGUGCGAACUGUGAGAAAAAGUAAAAUAAAAUACGCGCCGUUCCUCGCAGACAAAAGACAGACGGCGGGGAGAAUGGACGAGCAUUAAUGAACGGUGAUCUUAAUCUUCGCGGUGCUCGAGACGCUCGUUUUGCAGGGUUCGUCGCUCCCGUGGCUGUGUUGCGCAGUGGACGGUUAAGUGUCGCAUGAAAAGUGUGAUGCGAGUGAGGAACGAGGCUUCGGAAAGGCUCUCGAACGGGACUGUUGAUCAAACUCGGAGCGCCGCGAUAAAUUAGGCGUCAGUAAUUUCCCUCGCAGAGCUACACACUCAAAGAUGGCGUACCCUGGCAUAGCUUUUGUUGCCAUGAUCGGUGUCGGCCUCGGUUUUGCACUCUGGUAUUUUCUGGCAGACACCCCCCAAUCCCAGGGUCCCCAUGCUUCCGGACCACCACCGCCUCCCAGGGGAGAAACGCCGUCCAACAACUCGCGGGCGCCACCGAAUGACUCCAGGCGCAGGCGACGCUGGAGAAACACUGGUGGGACAAAGGAGGAUUGCUCGAUCUGUUCAGAGGAACUUGAACGUAACCUAAUUACUGUUAACUGCGGACAUGAAUUUCAUGUCCCCUGCAUUACCAAGUGGCGUGAGCCAAAUUUUAACUACAGGUCGCACGUAACACGGGAGCCCAGAACACCUGCCCACUUUGUCGGCAACGUAUCUGAGCCUCUGAACUUGGAUAUUGGGGAGCUGUUUGUUGCGAAAUGAGAUGAAAUGUGAUCACUGAAUUUCAUCAAUUCAGCGCCAUUCAAUAUGAAUUAUUGAUUGACUGAAUGAUUUUAGCACCGGUGCCUGUCCAUGGCAAUAAUUAUUAAAUUAUACAUAAAAUUGAGGGAUCGAAAAAAAAUUUUUUAUACACUUUGUUUAAUCAAAGUAACUCUUAUGUCGAUGAAACGUAGGUAGCUGAUAAGUGUAGUCAGCUGUGCUAUAAGCAAUUAUAUACUAUACAAUAUUAUACAAAUACCUUCAAUGUUCUGUUGAAUAUUUUUAUAUUUUGCCCUGAAUUUUUUUCGGUUAAACUUUCGCUAAACUAUUGUUGACUAGAAAUGUUUCAGAAUAACACAAAAACAACAAAGUAAUCAAACAAUAUUAAGGCAACUAGUGAUAUCGUUGUUUGUAAUAACUAAGUAGCUAUUUUUAAUACCAAUUCCUUUUAGUUGUUUUUUUUUCUCUUGUGAGACUGAAUCCUUGCAUCAAAUGUUCUCUAUUUGCCAAGGCUAGUUUAUAUGAGUCGCUUCUUUCGUUAUUUAUGUUUCGGUCAUAAAAACAAAUUGUUGGAAAUCGGUGAAACCGCAGAGCUUUCAAUAAAGUUUUAUUAUGGGGAUUUUGUUUGGGAUUUUGAUUUCUGUUGUGGUUUUUUUUUUUUUCUCUCUCAAAUAACCAGUCGACGAAGUCGCGCAGCGAUAGAUGAAAAAAAAUUGUUACGUUAGAAUAAGUGCCCUUACUAAUAUUUAACGACGUCUAAUACGUUUAAUUGUAAGCAUCGUUUUAAAAGUAAUCAACGAAUAAAGUCUUUCAAAGUAUACCUAAACCGUAUUAUUCGUUGCAAAUAUAUUAGGUCUUCCGUCGACGUUUAUAUACUAUUCGUAACCCGAGUUUGAGCUCGGGCUAUUUUCUCAAUAUGACAACAAUGGAUAGCACUGAUAUUAUUUUACGUAACACGAUCCGCUUUCGUUUCCGGCGGACUUUUUAAAACGAAAACGUAACAUGUAUGCACUCAUACUUGUACUUAUGUUAGCGUCGAAAAAGGCCUAAGCUUUCCCCUCUGCACUUGCGCAUGGAGCAAUUAGAUACACAUAUAUUCUGCUUCUAUCAGGUGUAAUCUUUUUCAUUUACUUUGAUACGGCGCCCUUUAUGCAAAAAUACGUGAUGCUUAAUGCGGCAUUCUGAGAAACUUGAAAGUGGUGAAGUAAAAGUUUUGAAUGAAAAAGAAACUUCAUUUCGAUCUUCCUCUUUUUUUACUGUAAUAUACGAAUCGAGAUGAAUAUGAAUCAUCAUGAAAUUAUGCUUACGAAACAAGACGAGGAUGCACUUUCUAUUCGAGUACCAAAUUGCAAAAAUCAUCGAUCUAACGUGUCUCUUAAAUAUGGAAACGUUCGCAGAUGUGAUCUUCGUUUGUAUAGUCUUACGCCGCAUUAUCCGAUCCUGUUACCGUGUUCGUAUCCCGUGUAAUAAUUUAUCACCGGCAAACCUCUCACCUAAAUUUUUCUUCCCUCAUUCAUUUUAUGCAAGAGGUAUGAAAUAAGCAGGAAAGCCAACGCCGCUAGACAGAGCGGAGACCGAUGCUCGUUCCUGACACUGAACACUGUUUCAAUGCGCUCAGUUAGCGCAAGGAUCUCAUUGCGGCAAGACGCGAUUUAAAACGCCGCGCGGCUGAGACGAUCACUUAUUGUUAAACGGACAAUCUUGCCGCUCAUUUUAUCAUUAAAGUGCAGUCAAAAGUGCGAUAGAGAAAAUGUGAAGUGAAUUAAUAAAAUUUCUAAAUUUGUACAACUUUAAUUUGCAAUACAGUGAAUCUUAUUUCGGUGAAGAAUUUUAAAAAUGAAAGUAAAUAACUUUGAUCGUUAAAAAAAGAUGCAGAGAUUUGUAACCGAAGAACAUCAACGCUCAUGGUCUGCAGAUCAGUGCAGCGCCAAUUUCUACCUCGGUACAAAGAAUUGUCAGUGAUCUUAUCUUUCUGAAAAAUGAUCGUAUCUGUAAAAUAUCAUGUUACGAUGCGUUAUUACCGCGGUUUUACUGAUCUCCACACUUCAGGAAUCUUCUCACGCCCUACGAUCGAAAACUUCCGUCGAAAAACGAGUAAGACGCCUGAUUCGCUCCUGGGCUCCUCUCGUUUGGCUCGCGCCUGGAGAGGAAUUCCUGCCACUCGGAGUACCGGAAUUCCUGGAUAACGUUGAGGCGGUAAACGACGGUGACUUCCUUAGCACCCGACUUGACGUGGAAAGGCUGCUACGAAAUAAGACCUCGUUUCUGUACGGAAAAAAACCGUGGAUGGAUUCGGUGCCGGUUUACGCUCUGGUCGAGAACUGCGCUCUCCUUUACAACACCAGCGGAGAUCAUCGACAGACGAAGAAGGAAGCAUUCCGCAAGUCUGAAAUAAAUACUAAGGAGAUCGUCGCAAAGACCGGACACGACGAAGAUAACGGCGUUGAUCGGGAAGUCGAAGAGAGCCUGAUUUACGAGGAGAAGAGGACCCGGCUUCCUCACUUCCACGUGACUUACUGGAUGUUUUAUCCGUUCAGCGAGGGGAAAACCAUUUGCGUGUUGGACCUCGGGUAUCUGGGCUCGUGGCCGAUUCCUCUUGUCGGUGGAAAAUGCUUCGGUCUGUUCAAGGAGUACGGGAGCCACGUCGGGGACUGGGAGCACAUGAGCCUGUUUUUCAAGGGCGACGAUCAUCCCCUGGCGAUGUACGUCUCAGCCCACGACGCCGGCGCAUUUUAUCGCUACGACCCGGUGGAAAAGGACUUCGUAUACGAAGCACAAGAGACCAGGAAGGGGAUAUUCCAGAAGCCGAUAUUCCCCGAUUACGUUUACACGGCGGGCGGUUCGCAUCCUGUUCUCUUCAGCGCGAAAGGGUCCCACGGGCUUUGGACGGCACCUGGGAAGCAUAAAUUCGUUCGGUUGCCCCGAUUGUACGACGAAAGCGGAUUCGGAUCGCCCUGGCCGACGUGGAGGAAGGUGGAGAUGCUUCCUAGGGAGAGGCGGGACGCGUUACCUUCCUGGAUGAAUUACAAGGGGCGAUGGGGAAAUCCGAAAACAAACUGCCAUCCCUUAGCUAAACUAGGUAUUAAUUUUUGCCAAUUUGUUGACGGUCCAACCGGAAUUCCACUGAAAAAAUUCAACUUUCAUUGCUAAGAAUGAAUCCGUUUUUCGUCAUCAGACGUUCUUUCUCUAUACUUGUAUAAUAGUAAAAAUAUCUUUCAGACAAAUUGAAGGAUUAUCUUGAACGGUCUUUGAGGAUAAAUGAUAGCAAAUUUAAACGACGAUGUAAUGAGUGGAUGGGUUAAGGAAUAUAAUCUUUUUUUUUCUCUAACUCACAAUUAAAUAGGAUUUGAAUCGACGAUGAGUAUAUAAUAUGUAGAUAUGUAUGUAUUUUAUUGAAGGACAAGUGUAUACGCAUAGUGCAUGUUUAACAUGAUAAUUGGAAUUCGUAAUUGCUUUUCAAUAAUUUAUUACUAAUGCAUAUCUAGCAAUAAGCAAAGCACCAAAUUUACGAUUAAUAAUAAAACUUUGUAUAUGAUAUAUUAUGUAUAUUUUAUGUAAGUAUAAUAUAGAUAUAUUAGCGAUGAUUUAGGAAAUAGUUGUAGUAAAAUAAAUUUCAAUGUAUAGAAAUCGUUGUACACGUAAGUGAUGUACUUUAUGUUAUACAAUUCGCAUAUUAUAGCUCUGCGUGAUAUGCAAUUAAUAAUCAGAGAUAAUAGCGCGGUUUAACAUAUUUUAAAAACUAUCUAUAUAAUGUUAGUAUUCAUUAGUGUGUCAUUCGCGAUAACAAGUUAAGGCGCACAUGGUACAAAUUCUUUACUUUUCGUAAAGCUUUAUACAAUAAAUUACUCAGCAAUGUUUAUUAGGCCGAAUCAAUACUAUAAAAUUCAUACACGGUUCUCUAUAUAGAACCUUAAUACUUCGAUUUGAUAGCUCGUUGGAAAGAGAAAA